UAAAAAAAACUGCCGCGAAAUUGAGGACUCGAGGAGGGUUGCAGAAAUGAGUCUGUGGGUGGAUAAAUAUCGGCCUUCAACACUUUCGAAGCUUGAUUAUCACAAAGAACAAGCUUCUCAUCUGAAGAAACUGGUCCAUGGGGAUUUCCCACACUUGCUUGUCUAUGGUCCUUCAGGUGCCGGGAAGAAAACCCGUGUCAUGUGUGUUUUACGUGAACUGUAUGGUGCAGGUGUUGAAAAACUGCGUAUCGAGCAUAACAGCUUUACUACCCCUUCCAACAAAAAACUGGAAAUUGUUACCAUCUCUAGUAACUAUCACAUUGAAGUAAAUCCCAGUGAUGUUGGGAUACAUGACCGGGUGGUAGUUCAGGAGAUGAUUAAAAAUGUUGCACAGGUGAAUCAGUUAGAUACCAGCUCACAGAAAGAUUUUAAAGUGGUAGUCUUGACAGAAGUUGACAGGCUGUCAAGGGAUGCUCAACAUGCACUGAGGCGCACAAUGGAAAAGUACAUGGCAACAUGCCGCUUAAUACUUGUGUGUAAUUCUACCAGCAAAGUCAUACCAGCCAUUCGCAGCAGAUGUCUAGGCAUCCGUGUUGCAGCUCCUUCACAAGAGGAGAUAGCUCAGAUCUUACAUAAUGUCUGCAAGAAGGAAGGAUUAAAUCUACCCAGCGAAUUGGCUAAACGAAUAGCAGAGAAGAGCCAAGGAAACUUGAGGCGUGCUAUCCUAAUGUGUGAAGCUUGCCGAGUUCAGCAAUAUCCUUUUAGCGCUGAUCAACAGGUGUCUGAUCCAGACUGGGAACUUUUCCUUCGGGAGACAGCUACAAUGAUUGUACAAGAGCAGUCUCCUCGCAGGUUAUUAGAGGUGCGAGGCCGAUUGUAUGAGUUGUUAACUCAUUGCAUACCACCAGAUGUUGUCAUGAGGGGUUUGUUGCAAGAGCUGCUAAGUAACUGUGAUGGUGUGCUAAAACCAGAGGUCGUUCAGAGUGCUGCUCACUUUGAGCACCGGCUGCAAUGUGGGCAAAAAGCCAUCUACCACCUGGAGGCUUUUGUUGCUCGUUUUAUGGCUAUCUACAAGAGGUUCUUGGAAGAAGGAAUUGCUGACCUGUUUUAACUUGAGACAAUUAAGAACGUGUGUAAAAUCCUAUUAGGAUAACUUUUCUGACUACUUACAAAAUUUGUCCAAGAUUUUGCUUAGUUUUAAAUAAAGAUUUUCUUGUAAAAUUACAGUAAACAUUCUUAAAUGACAUUUAAAGGGUAGUAAAUUAUGCUACAAAGGUUCACUUUGAUUUAGGAUUAAAUGGGAGGCCAGAGAGCCAUGAUGUUUGCCAUAACAUAUAAAUGUCAUAUUACUUUUAAAAUCUUGGUCAUUUGAAACAGUUUAGUCUGCUUUUGCUUAUUGUCUUGUUAUGUAAAUGUGGAUAUCAAUAAAAUGUUAAUGCAUGUAACAUAAAAUCCAUAACGGCAAAUUUUUCUGUAGCCUUUGAGUCAUGACUGGCUGUCAUUGCAUUUUGUCCUGAAACUCAUUUACUUUGAACUCAUUCAAUUCAAAGUUACAAAUGACUAAUGAACGAAGAUUAAAUCGUAUAAAAAUUA